UGGGUUUUGGAGUACUCUGGACUAUAGUGACCUCUAGCACCUAUUGUAAAGUUAUGUAUCUUAGUUAGUGGCAAGUUUUCUUUUCUGUAAUAACCUUUUCAACAUUAAGACAAACAGUUUAUUUGGAAGUGAAUGCACUAUUUAGGGCUCCUCUUUCUAUAUAUAUAUUUUUUUUGUGUGCCUGGGAAGAGAAAUGCAUUUUUUUUCAUGGAAGAAUGAUGGAACGCGUUGAGCGUCAUGAGUUCAAGGGGCUUGGGGUUGGGCUCAGGGAUAAGCCGGGGCUCAUGAUCAGGAUCUCAGUGAACUCAGCCCUUAAAAUGGAUCAACACUCCAGACGCAGCUAUGGCACAGAAAUGCUGGACAGCAGGCUACUUUUUGGAGAAACAUCUACCUGGAAUCGAAUCCUCAACCUUACUGUUGGUGGAUUUACAUCUCUUUUAGUGAUUGUAACCAUCAUCAGUUCAUUUGUCUUUCCUACACCUGCUCCAAAUGCUCUGAACGUCUUCUUUGGGAUCUGCAUCAUCAUGAUCUGCUGUUCAGUGUUGGUUCUGAUAUGUUGGUAUCGCCAAGGUGACCUGGAGCCCAAAUUCAGACACCUCAUUUAUUACACCAUAGCCUCGAUCAUCCUGCUUUGUUUAUGUGCAAACCUUUACUUCCAUGAUGUUGGGAGAUAAGCGUUCUUCAUUCACCUCAAAACUAUAAAAAAUGUCUAUCAUUCGUUCACAUGUUGCAGAAUAAAACAUGAGAGCAAUGCAAUGAUUUGUCAUGUAUGUGCGUAGAGAGAAAGGCAGAUAUUAUAU